UUACAGACAGACCCCUAUUCGUCCCGGACUAAAGCGUGAUGCUGUUGGAGAAAGCACAAGCAUCAAGCAUGCGUAGGUGGGAUUCCUUCGCUUAAUUCCCAACAACACUGGCAACCUUGGAAAACAUUCGAGAUGAACAUCUUAUGCUGCCUACGGUUGGACGCGAUUAAGUGGUUUAUUUCUGUCAAAGCACAAAGCGAUUUCACGUUGUUUUUCUCCAGCAACUGAACAACGCGUGUAUGUCUGCAAUACCUUGGCUUCUCCGUCUUUUUCAUCUCAGUCGUGGCUUUGAGAGGAUAUUGGAGUGAUGCGUCCCUCAGAUGGGAUUGGUCGCUAAAACUGUACAGACGCAGACUGCACGACGCUGUAAGAAAUACGCAUCUGACUCACUGUAAUGUUUUCUCGACAUGUGGAUUCAUAUGGCCUCGUUUGGUGUUAUGGACCAGCCCUAACCACUCACCUUUUUGAAAACAAUUUGGAUUUCCUUCACAUCGGGUUCAUUCUCCCAAGGAUUGAAUUUGGAUUACGGCGCAGUGAACGUCGCAACCGAAGGGGAAGGUAAAGGCUGUUAAAAGCGGCAGUCCUGUCUCUCAGAUCAACCCGAUUGGAUUUUUAAAAGUAACGUUGGAAGAUGAAUUUGAGGGAUUCAUUCCUUCAACCAGUCUACAUGCUAUCUCUGUAAACCAACGGAGGUUUUAGUGUUUCACUCUGACUUGGGCCAAUAUCUGGUGGAUUGUGAGUACUGUAACCAAAGACUAUAAUUUGGGACAGGGAGAAUUUGGGCGCCUUUGUGGAGAGCCGACUGCCCCUCAACUUGGCAAUCAGAUUAAUGCUACUGGGUAAAGACACUGUUUGGCUCAACACUGGGAAGCCGAGAGAGACAACAAUCGGGCAGAACUGGUGUGUGUCCCCUCCAUAUCAGCGGGUGGCAGUGUGAGUGGGGAUGUACAUGUGAGAUGAGCGACAACAGCCUGAGUUUGCACUCUGAACCCGGAAGCUGAUACAUUAUGGAGCGGCUGGUUUUGUGUGUGUUGGUGUUUGGAGUGCUGGCGAAGGCGCAGAACUGCCCAGGUCGCUGCAUAUGCCAGACCAUCUCGCCGACCCUCACCCUUCUGUGUGCCAAGACGGGGCUGCUGUUUGUGCCGCCAGGCAUCGACCGUAAGACGGUGGAGCUGCGCCUGACCGACAACUUCAUCACGGUCAUCCGGCGGAGGGACUUUGCCAACAUGACCAGCCUGGUCCACCUGACGCUGUCGCGCAACACCAUCAGCCAAAUCGCACCGCACGCCUUUUUGGGCCUCCGUGCCCUCCGCGCCCUGCACAUGGACGGCAACCGGCUGACCGUCAUCAAGAGCGAGCACCUGAGGGGCCUGGUCAACCUCCGCCACCUCAUCUUGGGCAACAACCAGAUCCACACUGUGGCGGCAACGUCCUUCGACGAGUUUGUGUCCACCAUCGAGGACCUGGACCUGUCGUACAACAACCUGCACACACUCCCGUGGAGUGCCAUCGGGCGCAUGACCAACAUCAACACGCUCUCGCUCGACCACAACCUCAUUGACUACAUCGAGGCGGGCACCUUCACCAUGCUGACCAAGCUGGUGCGACUGGACAUGACGUCCAACCGGCUGCAUAAGCUUCCGCCGGACAACCUCUUCCAGAACGCGCAGGUCAUGUCUGACCCCAAGAACUCCAACCCCACGCGCCUGGCGGUCAGUUUCGGCGGCAACCCGCUGCACUGCAACUGCGAGCUGCUCUGGCUGCGGCGGCUGACCCGCGAGGAUGACCUGGAGACGUGCGCCUCGCCCGAGCACCUGAUGGACAAGUACUUCUGGUCCAUCCAGGAGGAGGAGUUCACCUGCGAUCCACCGCUCAUCACGCGGCACACCGUGUCCAACCCGUACGUGAUGGAGGGCCAGAGCGUGGCGCUCAAGUGCAAGGCCAUGGGCGACCCCGACCCCGCCAUCCACUGGCGCUUCCCCGACGGCAAGCUGGUGCACAACAACUCGCGCACGAUCGUGCACGACAACGGCACGCUGGAGAUCCUCAUCACCACGCUCAAGGACAACGGUGCCUUCACCUGCGUGGCAUCCAACGCAGCCGGCAUGGCCACAGCCGCCGUGGAGAUCAGCAUGAUCCCGCUACCGCUCUUCGUCAACAACACGGGACACUUGAGGGAGGGCUCGCGCCUUCGCGACAUCACCACCUCCUCCAAGUCCAACGACACCAAGAGCCAGGACCGCAGGGUGGUGGUGGCCGACGUUACCGCCUCGUCUGCGGUCAUCCGCUGGCCUUCUGAGAGACACAUCCCCAACAUACGGAUGUAUCAGAUCCAGUAUAACAGCACAGCAGAUGACACACUGGUCUACAGGAUGAUCCCGUCCACUAGCAAGACGUUCUUGAUCAAUGAUCUAGCGGCGGGUCGGGAGUAUGACCUGUGCGUGCUGGCAGUCUACGACGACGGCAUCACGCUGCUGACGGCCACGCGCGUGGUGGGCUGCGUCCAGUUCCACACGGCGGCCGAGGCCAGCCAGUGCCGCUUCAUCCACAGCCAGUUCCUGGGUGGCACCAUGAUCAUCAUCAUCGGCGGCAUCAUCGUGGCGUCCGUCCUCGUCUUCAUCAUCAUCCUCAUGAUCCGCUACAAGGCUCACGGCGGGCCAGACGGCGCCAAGGCCAAGGCGUGCGACAGCGGCAGCAGCAGCAGCAGCAACGUCCACUCGCAGACCAACGGGAGCAACCAGCAGCAGGGCGGGCGCAUGGGCCGCUCGGCCUCCAAGCAGCAGCACGCGGCGCCGACGGAGGAGAGCCGGUGCCUGGACGGUCAGCACCGCCAGUCGUCGUCUGUGUCGGCGGCGAAGGACUGCAAGGCGCUGGUGCUGAGGCUGAAGAGCGAGUGCCAGCUGGAGCCGACGCCUGGCGGUAGCGAGUCGGCCGUGCUGGAGGUGGAGCUGCCUCCGCUCUCGGCCAUGGAGAAGACGGCCAAGGCGGCAGUGGCCGCGCUGGCCCGCCGCGCCAGCCUUGACGCCCAGGCGUCCUAUGGUGCCAGCGCUGGCUUUUCGGAGGACACGGGCACGGAUAGCAGCCUGACGGGCUCCACCAUGUCGCUGUGCCUGAUUGGGCCCAGCAGCGGCUGUGGUGGUGCUGGUGGUGGUGGCGGUGGGUCCAAGGACAGCCGGAAGGGCGCGCUGGCCAAUAUCGGGCUACUGCCCGGCGAGUUGGCACGGACGAGACACCGCUUCUCCUUCGACGGGGACUACGCGUUGUUCCAGAGCCACAGCUACCCACGGCGCGCCCGGACGCGCAGGCACAAGUCGUCCAACCAGCUCAAUGCGGACUCGUCACCGCUGGCCAACCGCAAAGUCACGUUCAGCAGCACCGAGUGGAUGCUCGAAAGCACGGUCUGAGGAGGGGACAGUUUGGAGCAGUGCUGCUUUUACAAGUUCAGUCAGAAAAAGACACAACAUUUAUCCAAUUGCAGAGACGGAUGGAUACACACACACACACACACACACACACACACACAAAUAUACACACAAACAAACACACAAACACAGAGACAGUUAGUCAGUUGCACACAUGAAAAACCACAGAUGCAUACCUGAAUACAAAUGCCAUUUUCUUUCAUGCGCGUGUGUCAGUACUGUCCUACACACUCUGUCUGGUGCAGCACUUGAGAUAGCACAGUUUUGGC